CCGCUCCGGUCUUAUUCCAUCACGGACACAGGCUAGCUGAGAGGCUUAGGUCGAAUCGAGGUAACCGUAGUUUUGUAUACAUAUAAAUAUAUAUUUAAAAAGAAACAAAACAGCCAUAAAAUCCUAGUAUUUGUUAUUUUAUACGUGUGUAAGACAUUUUUUGAUCAAGGAAACAGUUUUUUUUUGAAAGUUGCCCCAAAAGAAGUCGAUAGAAAAGCCGCAGAAGGAGGGAAGAAGCUACCGGCAAACAAAGGACCCGUUUCUGAGACAAACUCUUCCUCAACCCUCUUUAGUUAUGAGUCAUGUGGCCGUUGAAAAUGCACACGGUCUAGACCAGCAGAUUGCUGCCCUAGACUUGAAAUCUGAUGCCCAGGGAGGCGGCACUGGCAGGCGUUACAUUCCACCUCAUUUAAGGAACAAAGAGGCUUCCAAGAAUGACUCUCCAGGUGGAUGGGAUGUUGGACGAAGCAAUGGAUAUGUAAAUGGUUUCCACGAUGGCCGUGACAACUACAUGAACGGGAGCAACACUUUUGGUAACCGUGGGCCCAUACGUAAUGACCGCGGAGGCAGAGGAGGUGGUUACAGAGGCAGGGGCGGUGGCUCCUAUGUUAUCCAACCAGUGCAAAACACAGGCUUUGGCUAUGACAACAAAGAUGGCGGUGGAUGGAACAGCUCAAAAGAUAAUGCCUAUAAUAGCUUCGGUGGGCGUUCUGACAGGAACAAGUCUGCCUUCUACAACGAUCGUGGAUCUUCCAGGGGAAGGUAUGAGCGUGGAGGUUUCGGGGGUGGCGGAAACAGUCGGUGGGUUGAUGAUUCCAGAGAUGAGGAGGACUGGUCCAAACCUCUCACUCCCAAUGAAAGGCUGGAACAUGAGCUAUUUUCUGGAAGCAACACUGGGAUUAACUUUGAGAAAUAUGAUGACAUUCCUGUUGAAGCCACUGGCCACAACUGUCCUCAACACAUCGAGAGUUUCCAUGAUGUAGAUAUGGGGGAGAUUAUUAUGGGAAACAUCACCCUGAGUCGCUACUCGCGCCCCACUCCGGUCCAGAAAUACGCCAUUCCAAUUAUCAAAACCAAAAGAGACCUGAUGGCGUGUGCACAGACAGGCUCUGGUAAGACUGCAGCAUUCUUACUGCCAGUGCUGAGUCAGAUAUACACAGAUGGACCAGGAGAGGCCUUACAGGCUGUAAAGAACAGUGUCCAGGAAAAUGGCAGAUAUGGACGCCGUAAGCAGUACCCCCUUUCUCUGGUUUUGGCUCCAACUAGGGAAUUGGCUCUCCAGAUCUAUGAUGAGGCUAGAAAGUUUGCGUAUCGUUCUCGGGUGCGCCCUUGUGUAGUAUACGGGGGAGCUGACAUUGGCCAGCAGAUUCGUGACCUGGAGAGGGGCUGCCACCUGCUAGUUGCCACGCCUGGUCGUCUGGUGGACAUGAUGGAGAGGGGCAAGAUUGGUUUGGAUUACUGCAACUACUUAGUCCUGGAUGAAGCUGACAGGAUGCUGGAUAUGGGUUUUGAACCACAGAUCCGUCGUAUUGUGGAGCAGGACACUAUGCCGCCUAAAGGGCUGCGCCAAACUAUGAUGUUUAGUGCCACCUUCCCUAAGGAGAUCCAGAUAUUGGCACGUGACUUCCUGGAAGAUUACAUCUUCUUGGCUGUGGGCCGUGUGGGCUCUACCUCUGAGAACAUUACCCAGAAAGUGGUUUGGGUUGAGGAGAGUGAUAAAAGAUCCUUCUUGCUUGACCUUCUGAAUGCCACAGUCAUACCAGGCGAGGUUCAGGACAAUACUGGAGAAAACAGUGAGAAACCUGGCAAAGACUCUCUGACUCUGGUGUUUGUGGAAACCAAGAAGGGUGCUGAUGCGCUCGAGGACUUUCUGUACCGUGAAGGCUAUGCCUGCACCAGUAUCCAUGGUGACCGUUCACAGAGAGACCGUGAGGAGGCACUCCAUCAGUUCCGCUCUGGAAGAUGCCCAAUCCUGGUUGCCACUGCUGUAGCUGCACGUGGUCUAGACAUCUGCAAUGUGAAACAUGUCAUCAACUUCGACCUGCCCAGUGACAUUGAGGAGUAUGUUCAUCGCAUAGGCCGUACGGGUCGUGUGGGAAAUCUUGGUCUUGCCACCUCAUUCUUUAACGACAAGAAUGGCAACAUUACAAAAGACCUCCUGGACAUCCUGGUGGAGGCCAAACAGGAAGUGCCAUCCUGGCUGGAAAGCUUGGCUUAUGAGCAUCAGCACAAGGGUAGCAACCGUGGCCGCGCAAAGAGGUUCUCUGGGGGCUUUGGAGCCAGAGAUUACCGUCAAACCAGCAGCAACACCACUAACGGAGGCUUUGGGAGUCGUGGCAGUCGUAAUGCUGGUGGCCAUGGUGGCAACCGCGGAUUUGGUGGUGCUAAGGGGGGAUUUGGAAAUUUCUACAACAGUGAUGGUUAUGGUGGAAACUACUCUCAGGUGGACUGGUGGGGAAACUAACUUGUUAACCACACACGCACCUUUCCACUCCCCAUGAUCAGUGGGCCGCCACACCAAACUCACUGAAUGGAAACCACAUGUAAUUAAGCCAGGCUAUAAACCCUGUGUAGCAUUCAAGAACUCUACAGUACAUUAACACCUGUGAUUCUCUGACCACAUCCUGGAAUACUGCAUCACUGGCUCUAGGAGAUGGGAGACAUUGGCCACAGGAGGAACCUGUCUCCAGACUUGCUCGUCUGUAGAAAGACAAAAAGGAAGAAAAGUGGAAAUGUUACUUGUUUUGGCUCUUAUUAUUAUUUUUUUUUUAUUCCACUACAUCACAUUGCUUUCUUUGUAGUAAAGGAGAAUCAUUUGUUUGUCAGUGUACUGUGCCUUUAAAUUUGGACUUUUUUGUCUUGUUACUUUUUAAACAUCAAAUGGCUGAUAAUUAGCCACAGAUUUGUAUUUUGUGUUUAAGUUUAAGUUCUUCAAAAAAUUUUGGUGUUUGAAGGCACAAAUUAAGAUUAAUCAAACCUUGGCAAACUCAAGGAAGGUUUGGCUCUGGAGUCAAAACCUUGUUCUGAACAUCAAAUUGAUCACAGGGUCACCAGGCUCAUUUCAAAAAUGUACCUGUCCCUACUUACAUUGGUUUCUCCCCUUGCCUCGCAAGGGAAGGAAGAUCUUAAUGAAAAUGUUAAUCUUGCUCACUCUAUCCUGGAGAGGUAUCUCUAAGGGACGUGGUAGUCAUCUGAAAAAGAUUUAGCAAGCCAUUCCAAUUUAAUAUCCGUAACCAUGAAGUGAGCAGUUUGUACCUCCAUUCACCCCCAGUGUUUGGAUGCACAACAUUUGUAUGCUCUUAUGUGAAUCAGAACAUUUUCAGGCAGCUAGUUCAGAAACAGUCUAGCUGUUUGGAGGUGUGCAGUCUCUUCAGUCUGUUCCUUACUUGAACUUUUGUGGAGUGGCAAUUAUGUGUUUUAUACUUUUUACUAAAUACUUUUUGAAAUGGACAAACCAGUGGACUAUGAGCUACUGCGUCAGUGAAAAGUUCAAGUUGCUAUAUUCGGACCGGUGUCAGAGUGGACAGGCCCUAAAUGCCAGGCCCAUCUCUGCAGCAAUUCGCAUGGCAAGUGUUCUUGUUUUUUUUGGUCAAGGAGAUAGUCCGACAAAAUUUUCUGAAGCAGGCUUUCCUUUUUGCAACAAAGAAUAUCAUGGAGAUUUUCAUUUCCACCUUUUUCCCAAGUGGCCCAGAAUUUCAGCCAUCUGUGGUCUAGAGACACGGCUUCCCUGUAAGACCUCUGAAGGAUGUGGGGGAGGGAAAUCAGGAAUAAUGUACACAGGAAGAGGAAUUGUACAGGGGGAAGCAAAGUCUAGUGGCAUUGGAGUCUUGACUAAUACACUUUUCUUUUGUAGUAGCUGGUGUUUCCUUGGUGUCUUGGCCAAAGUAAUGGUUGCAGUUCUCCUUCCCACCCUCAGGUUAAUUGAGGACCUCGGUGAUAGUGUGGAGACGUGAUCAUCAAUCACUCAUUGCAACUGGCAGUGACUUCCUCUCCCUUUAAGGAGUUGAGGUGUGAAGGAGGGGGGGGGACGUGAUACUACAUUUUACUGAAGUGCAAUAGAUUUCCUCAAGCAUGUUGUGCCUUUUGACAUUUAAAAAAGUUUAGGUGAAAAUGGUGAACUGAAGUGGAUGCACUUGACCAGUAUUGUGGUAACUUGAGACAAGUGGUGCUAUUUAGGUGUAGGCCCUUGUAUGUUAUGCCCAUCAAGUUUUACAAAACGUUAUUUUAUUGCACAUCAAGAGUUUUAUAUAAAAGUCUUCAGUGUGUGUCCUUAAGCUUCCAAUAUUCUGUGUAAAGACUGUAAAAAAAAAAAUGCAGCUUGUUUACAAAACGGAAGGGUUCUCAAUAUUUAGCCAGGAUUAAUUUGGGACCAGGGAAUCGGCAAUGGGGAAAUUUAGCUACUUGCGCACACAUUACUAGAUUCUACUUUUUGCUGCUAGUUUGUGUAAUUUAUUAAGCAUUUUUGAGAAAUAUUUAUUUUUAUAAACCUAAAAGUGAUCGUUUCAUGUUAACUUGACCAAAAGACCGUACAAAAACACUGGUACUUGAAUGUUGAAUGCCACCUGUAUGCGUGAAACUUCUAUUUUUCGGGGUAGUGUGAGCUUUUUAAUGUUUAAGGUCAUUUUGAAAUAAGUCAAAAUCCUCACUUAUAGACUUCUGGCCAAAUAUUCCUCCUAUCAAAGAAAUGAAUUGGCAGCCAAAACUAAACACCAUGCCAAGGUUUGGACAACAGGUAAAAAUAAUUUUGUAAUUAUAUCAGUGCAGAUUAACCCAGGGUUUGUUUUUGGUUUAUUUUUUUUUUGUUUUUCUUUUGUGUUUUUUUAAAGAAGUGAUUUAAUUUUGCCCCCAGUGAGUGUCUGGCUGAUGGCAAUCUUAAGGAAAAACAUGUGGUCCUUCUGUUGCAUUUGCAGAAAUUUGGCAUUUGGAAACCUUGUUCUCUGUUUUGGUGCUAAAUUAGUCUUAAUUACAAAGCAGUUGAGUUUAAAUAAAGUGCACUGGACAGGAAAUAAGGUUUUUAUUCACCAACUCAUAACAACAACAAAAAAAAAAAUCAGUGGAGCCCGUAGAGUGAAAAUUUGCUUUGUGUACUAGUUUAAACAUUGUGCACUGUAUGUUCUUUAUGAUUUUAAGAAAAUAAAGUUAGAAAUGCAAAGUGCAA